AUGUCGGGUGGUCACGACAGUUUUGGUUCAAUAGAAACUCUUGGGGUUCAUGAGAACUCAUCCUACAACUCACUCACACGUCGCAGCAUUGUCUCUGUGAUCCUUACAAUAAUUCUACAUUUCGUUAUCAAUUCAAACAGCCCACCCACCAGCAUACGUUGCGGCCUCCCGUCCCCCAGUUCCUUCCCCCCUCAUGCUGCCCCUCACCACAUUAUGUGA